AUGUUUCCAACAGGUUUCAAUGGGAAAUUCGAGCCAGCAUUUUCGGGGAAAAUGAAGGUGCUGGAUUAUCUGUUGGCAGUAACACGCGCAACAACAAAAGACAAAUUUGUUCUUGUAUCAAAUUAUACACAAACAAUUGACUCGUUUGUAGAGAGUGCGGAGUAUAUAUUUUUGUUAUCGUCAAAAGCGGGUGGUUGUGGCCUCAAUUUGAUUGGCGCAAAUCGGCUUAUAAUGUUUGAUCCGGAUUGGAAUCCAGCAAACGAUGACCAGGCGAUGGCACGAGUUUGGAGAGAUGGGCAGAAAAAAAACUGUUUCAUCUAUCGUCUACUGGCGGUAUCUUCAAUUUGCACUGGAUGA